UAUUUAUGUUUUUCCUGCCUCAAAAUCCUAUUACAUGCUAGUGAAGAAUCUUCUUUCGAAUCUACUAGGUUUUUUUUAUUUAUUGAUACAUUGCUUUUAAAGCAAACUCUUCAUAUUUUGAUAACUCAACUGCAACUAUUGCAGCUUAAAUAUCAUAAAUGAUUGCUUCUAUAUAGAUUCUGUGAUCUGCAAACCUUACAUUUGCUCUAUGCUUAAAUGUGGUGCAAGUGACCCGCAGAACAUGUAACUUGAUGCAUCUUGCAAUUGAAUGACAUAAAAAGAGGGAUUCAGAUGCCACACAAAAAUUCCCUUAAAGUUUUUGUCCUCAACAAAUUGCAUUAUAAGUUUUCAUGUCUGCAUCUUGGUUAUGUUUUAAGAAGGAUGAUGGUUCUCUAUAUCAGUGCUUCUGACAGGAAUUUUGAUCAUGCAAGACGUGGAGUUUCACAUUCCACAGGGAAGGAUCCCAAUGAAUCACAGGAUUUGCAACCUAAGAUAAGGUCUCACAGAGCGGCAACUCCUCUUCAUCAAGAUUGCUAUGAUAAGAUGACCAACCUUUCAUUGAACCAUCGUGCUUCCUUGGAGAAUGAUAUCGAGCAGCUACAAUUGCAUUUGCAGCAAGAGAAAUCAAUGCGAACUAUGCUUGAGAAGGCAAUGGGCCGAGCUUCAAGUACUUUAUCUCCCGGACAUCGACAUUUUUCUGCCCAGACAAAAGAGUUGAUAGCUGAGAUUGAUUUACUUGAAGAAGAGGUUGCCAACCGGGAGCAGCAUGUUCUUUCUCUCUACAGAAAUAUCUUUGACCAUUGUAUUAGUGGGGCACCUUCUGGGAAAAGCUCAAGCUUGUCUUCUCCUGCUCAUACAAAGAAUGAAGUAAGAAAACACCCAAGCAUAAUCUCAAGUGCAUUUUGCUCCUCCUCGAAAAAGUUCCCCUUGCAACAUUUCCAAGUUCUGUCUUCUGCAAAGGAAUCCAGUAAAAGGAAGGGGUUGCUGCAAUCAAAGACCAGAAAUACUCUGCUAUUGUGUGGCAAAACCAAUUUUCACAUUGAGCACAAAAAUUCAGAUCCUAUGAAGGUUCAUGACAAAGUACCAACAUUGGAGAAGACUCCUUUGUCCCGUACCCUAAAAGAUCAUCUCUACCAGUGUCCAAGCAAAUUGUCUGAGGAAAUGGUCAGGUGUAUGGCAGCAAUAUAUUACUGGUUGCGUAGUGCAUCAUCUGUGAAGCCAGAGAAAAAUCGUUCACCUCUAUUAUCCAAGUCCUCUACCAGUGUUAUUCUCCCCCGUCGUGGUACUACAGAAGAUCGGGAGUGGUCUUGCAAAUCAAUGAUAGAAAUAUCUUGGAUAUCAACUGAUAAGAGCCAAUUUUCUCGGGCAUCAUAUGCCAUCAACAAUUACAGAAUCCUGGUGGAACAAUUGGAAAGAGUGAAUGCAAAGCAGAUGGAAAGUGGUGCACAAAUGGCAUUUUGGAUCAAUGUGUACAAUUCUCUUGUUAUGCAUGCAUAUUUAGCAUAUGGGAUUCCCCAUAGUUCUCUGAGAAGAAUGGCUUUGUUUCACAAGGCUGCUUACAACAUUGGUGGGCACCUCAUUAGUGCGGAUGCCAUGGAACAGUUCAUAUUCCGCUUCCGUACUCCCCGAAUUGGCAGGUGGUUUGAGCCCAUUCUUACAACUGCCUUGCGGAAGAAAUCAGAAGAAAAGAAAGUCAUCAAUUCAAGAUUCGGUCUUGAAAGUGCUCAACCCCUUGUUGCAUUUGCCCUUUGUACUGGAGCAUAUUCUGAUCCCAUGUUAAAAGUCUACACAGCCCCAAAUGUCAAAGAGGAGUUAGAAGUAGCCAAGAAGGAUUUUCUUCAAGCUAAUGUGGUUGUAAAGAAGUCGAGGAAAGUUUUUCUGCCUAAGUUACUGGAGAAGUUUGCAAAGGAGGCCUCUAUCAACUCGGAUGAUCUUCUCAAAUGGGUCUCCGAGAAUGUAGAUAAGAAGCUUCAUGAUUCAAUACAGAAGUGCGUCGACUGCGGGAGAAAGGCAUCACAGAUCAUAGAGUGGCUACCUUACAGUACAAGGUUCAGGUACACGUUUGGAAAGGAUUUGACAGAGAAACCAUGGUGGUUGUGAGCUUCUGCCUUCCUGUACUUGUAACUUGAAAAGGAUCAACAAAUGCAUCUGUCAUGAGCCUCCAGUUUUGCUGAAAUGGCAAACAGAUCAAUUUAGAACUCGAGAUGUGCAUGCAACUUCUCAAUGUAAAGUUUAUACCAUUGUACUGCAUUAGCUGAACUACCUAUGCUUAUUAUGCAUUAUUUCCAUUAUUAAAGGGAUGAGUAGUAAAUGUGGGUUGUUCUUUUUC